CCGUCGCCAGCAUCGCUUCCACUUCGGUCUCAGCGACGGUCGCCACCACCGCUCCCCUCCCUCUCCCCCUCCUCGCCCAGCGGCAAUUACCACAGCCUCCCCAGCAAGCCGGGAUGGCUGCACUCAAGGCAUCGUUCCGGGGUGAGCUCAGCGCCGCUUCCUUCCUCGACUCCAGCAGGGGACCUCUCGUCCAGCACAAAGUGGAUUUUACGUUUCAAAGGAAGGGCAAACGAGCUAUUUCACUGAGAAGGACAUGCUGUUCUAUGCAACAGGCUCCACCACCAGCAUGGCCUGGGCGAGCUGUUGCUGAGCCUGGCCGGAGGUCAUGGGAUGGCCCAAAGCCUAUCUCGAUUGUUGGUUCAACUGGUUCCAUAGGAACACAGACAUUGGACAUUGUUGCGGAGAAUCCUGAUAAGUUCAGAGUUGUUGCUCUUGCUGCUGGAUCCAAUGUCACGCUUCUAGCUGAUCAGGUCAAAACAUUCAAACCUAAGUUGGUUGCUGUAAGAAACGAAUCAUUAGUUGAUGAAUUGAAAGAAGCCUUGGCUGAUUGCGAAGAGAAGCCAGAAAUUAUUCCUGGGGAGCAAGGUGUCAUAGAAGUUGCUCGCCAUCCAGAUGCAGUUACAGUUGUCACAGGGAUAGUAGGUUGUGCAGGGCUGAAGCCUACAGUUGCUGCAAUUGAAGCUGGUAAAGACAUAGCAUUGGCAAACAAAGAGACACUUAUUGCAGGUGGUCCUUUUGUGCUUCCCCUUGCACACAAACACAAAGUGAAAAUUCUUCCAGCUGAUUCUGAGCACUCUGCAAUAUUUCAGUGUAUACAAGGCUUGUCCGAAGGUGCACUUCGUCGCAUUAUUCUAACUGCAUCAGGUGGUGCUUUCAGGGACUGGCCAGUUGACAGGCUGAAAGAUGUAAAAGUUGCUGACGCUUUAAAGCAUCCAAACUGGAAUAUGGGAAGGAAGAUCACAGUAGAUUCUGCUACUUUAUUCAACAAGGGUUUAGAAGUUAUUGAAGCACAUUAUUUAUUUGGUGCUGAAUAUGAUGACAUUGAGAUUGUGAUUCACCCACAGUCUAUCAUACACUCUAUGGUUGAAACCCAGGAUUCAUCUGUCCUAGCUCAGUUGGGAUGGCCAGAUAUGCGGUUACCAAUCUUAUACACCUUAUCAUGGCCAGAUAGAAUCUAUUGCUCUGAGGUCACCUGGCCUCGUCUGGAUCUUUGCAAGUUGGGUUCACUGACAUUCAAAGCUCCCGACAACGUAAAAUACCCAUCAAUGGACCUAGCCUAUGCAGCUGGCCGGGCUGGGGGCACCAUGACAGGAGUUCUGAGCGCUGCUAAUGAGAAGGCCGUGGAGUUGUUCAUUGACGAGAAGAUUAGCUACCUGGACAUAUUCAAGGUGGUGGAGCUUACAUGUAACGCGCAUCGGAACGAGCUGGUAACAAGCCCGUCACUGGAGGAGAUCGUCCAUUACGAUCUGUGGGCGAGGAGAUAUGCAGCCAGUCUACAACCAUCUUCUGGCCUGAGCCCUGUCCCUGCAUAAUAGGUCGUCACGACAACGUUGUACAGCAGGAGUUCUAAGAUAUGAUGUGUUUGUGGCUCCUGUUUCCAUGUUCAAUUUUCAGGCCUCCACAUGAAUAAAAUGCAUCUAUUCCAUGUGAUUUCUUUUA